AUGCCUUCAUAUCUAGCUACGCGGGGCGUGAAGAUGCCUUCUCCGCAUUGCGGGACGUCUUUUGUUGGCCUUCGUCCUGCUGCUGCCCUGAACAUCGGUGUCGCCGCUAGCCUCUUCGCCGCUUCCAGAUCCCAAGACCUCAUUCCUUUCGAACUCGACCCCAAUGUUGCUUCUCUCAUCGCCGCCACAUACGUCGCUGGAUCAGUCGCCUAUUUCGCCCGGGACGUCUACUCCUCUACCCUCUUCCAAGACAUUCUAUCCCGCCGUUCGGGCCUAGGCAGGAUCAUCGACACCGACCUGCUCCUGCCCAACCCGGAAGCCCUCGUUCAUGACGCCAAGGUCCAUGGGCCAGCCUGUAUGCGCAUUUCCCAGCUCGCCGCCUUCGAAUACGAGCGUGCCAUCAGAAGCGCUCUGACUAUAUGUGCAUCUAACGACGGACCUGGGAUGGAUCUCGCCAUCGUGGCGCAGGGCGAGGGCGUCUGUUCCCCAGAUGAUGCUCCUCCAAUCGUCGACAGCAUGGUGUACGGACCAGCGUGCAUGAGACGCUCCCAACUAUCGGUCUUCAUGGACGAGAAGAUCGCGAGGGCGUCUGCUCCAGAAGAUGCACCUCCUGUUGUCGACAGCAAGGUUUACGGUCCGGCUUGCACGAGGCCCUCCCAACUCUCUGCCUUCAUGGAUGAGAAGAUCGUAUGUGCCUCAGGCGAUGGGCCGCGAAGGAGCUCUAGGCUGGCGGCCAUCGCUGCUCGAAUCGCUUCGGGGGGCUCUUCGUCGCCCCAGGGUGGCGGUAACGGACCUGACGAUGAACCGGGAAAUAAUGGUUCAGGAGGUAACGGUGCCUCUGAUGGGAAUUCUCGCCAGCCCACACUUGCUGUUGUUGGCAGUGAUGGCAGCAAGAAACCCCAAAGCAAGAAGAAGCGGGCAUCAAAGCGUGCACGCAAUAAUGAUUCUCCUCCCCCGCCUCCGCCUCUAUCACCUCCCUCCCCCGUGGAAGACCCCGAGCCCGCGAACAACGGCACCAACGCCGGUUGGACUUCCACUCUCAUUUGCUUCAUCCUCGGCGCCCUUUUCACUGCCGCACUCAAGUCUUCCUAUACCAAACGUCUUUACGCCUCUAUUCGCACUCGGGCGACCAAGCAGUCUCGGCGUAAAGAACAAACCGUCGUCAUGUCUCGUACCACUGCAUUCGUCAUCCUCGCGACAGUGACUGGGUUCGCAGUGACUAGUUUGCUCCCUAACCAUCCACCAGGAGCAGUGGAGAUGAGGCCUCAAUCCUACGUCGAAGGCCUUGUUCCUCUUCCUCAGGUUACCAAAUCGCCUAUGCGUCUCGUCGUCGACAAGAGUUAUUAUACCUUGGACUAUCGCUCCAUGGCUACCACCACUGCGCAGGCGACCAGUCUUCCUUCAUCUGCUGCUGACUCUUUUUUGGAGAUGGGGCUCACACCUUGGGUCCUUCUCGUGAUGGCCUUGCCUAUCUUUGCAUUCAUUGCUUUCCAAUUUGGCACGUUCAUUGGCAGGGCCUUGAUCAAGGUCUCUGCACGACGCGCUGAACCUACCAAGUUGGAGUCCAUGCCCAUCUCUUCUCCAAACCUGGUAUCUAUCUACAUCCCUCAGGGUGUCAUGAUCAACUUCGAGCAGCCCAAACCUCAAGACCCCUUUUCUGGGAUUAGCGACCACGAGACGCCCUUAGUCGAUGUCCGAACCAAAUUCUCGUUCGGUCCGGACUCCGCGGGCGACUCUGACUCUGAAGUCCCAAAGCAAGUCAUCGACAAGGGGAGGGGAAAGGCCGUCGACCUCGAGGAAGAUGAAGCUGUUGAGGCGGGGGACGACGAAGCCGACGAGGUGGAGUCCUUUAACUCCUCUCUCGAGGACUUCGAGGACGUCCCUGAAGAGUUGGAGGAGGUCAAGCAGAUGCUCUCCGUAGACCCUCCGGUUGCCUCGUCCAGCAAGCACACCCUCAAUGAGGUGGAGUCCGUCAGCGACUCAUCCAAUGUGUCUGAGAAGAUGGAGGAAGUUUCACAGAUGCCGGGCAUAGGCUCAGAGGCAUUGGCCACCUCCAGCAAGAUCACCCUUGAUUCGCCUCUCUUCGUUGCUCCCCCUCCUCCUAUUGCUUCUUCCUCUGUCUCUUCCCCCCCUGCGCCCGCGCCAACGGUUCAAUCUCCAUCUGUACCUUCCAUUCCCUCGAUAGCCGAACUCCAGCAGCCUGAAGAGGCUCCUGUUUCUUCCUCCACGUCGGCGUCUGCACCCCCCACUACCGCGACGACCGAACUCCCAGCCUCCGCUGAGGGAACUGGAGUCGAGGUUCCUGGUCGUCGCCGUCGCAAGCGCAGACAAGCGCGAUCCCGAGACGCACAACACCCAUCGGGGCCAGAGAACGAGGAAGACUAG